GCGGGUGUUUCAAACAUGGAGGAGCGGGAGCGGCGCGGGGCCCCGGGCAGGGCGGGGAGCCCCGGGAGCCCGCCCAGCCCGCGGCUGGACGUCAGCUCGGACCGCUUCGACCCGCUGCUGGCCCUCUACGCGCCGCGCCUGCCGCCCAUCCCCUACCCCAACGCGCCCUGCUUCAACAACCUGGCCGAGUACGAGAGCUUCCUCCGGCUGGGCGGCCGGGGCCGGGGCCGGGGCCGCACGCGGGGUCAGGCUGCCCCCGGGGCCGCGGGCGUCCCCGGCGGCCCCGGCCCCGCCUCGUCCGCCUCGGGCUCGGCGCGCCGGCCCUCCCGCCGCCGCGGAGCGCCGGCCCCGGACCCCGAGCGCAUCCAGCGGCUCCGCCGGCUCAUGGUGACCAAGGAGGAGCCGGACGCGGGGGCCGGCGGCCCGGGCAGCAGCGGGCGCCCCGGCCGCAGGAGGAAGGCGCCGCGCAACGUCCUCACCAGGAUGCCCCUGCAUGAGGGCAGCCCACUGGGUGAACUUCAUCGCUGCAUCCGAGAGGGGGUGAAGGUCAAUGUUCACAUUCGCACUUUCAAGGGGCUUCGAGGCGUCUGCUCUGGCUUCCUGGUUGCAUUUGACAAGUUCUGGAAUAUGGCACUUACUGAUGUGGACGAGACUUACAGAAAACCAGUUCUGGGCAAAGCAUUUGAACGUGAGCCUCCUUUAACUCUUACCAGGCUGUUUGAUCGGCUCAAACUUCAGGAUUCCUCCAAAAAGGAAACUGACUCCAGGUCGAUGGUUGAGGACUCCACGUUGUCUCGAUAUUCACAGACAUCUACUUGGAAGAUGGCCACGGUGUGGGGGAGAGAUGAUGAGGAUCGGGGAUCACAGAAACGUUCCCGUUCAGCACCUUCUUCGCUUCUGGCAGCUGGAAAGGAAGUUUCCAGGUCUGACCUGUCAGGCAGGACUACACGGACAGAGGGCUCUAGUGCAGGGGGUUCUAAUUCAAGGGGCCGGUCUCGUAAGAAAAGGCAGAAGCCCAAAGUGGAUUACCAACAGGUAUUCACACGGCACAUUAACCAGAUAUUUAUCCGAGGAGAGAAUGUUCUACUUGUCCACCUUGCCCAGUGAUCAUCUGAGCUUGGAGUAUUUUAUUUUUAGAAAUAAACCGCAUGAAUUGUAUUUGCACUGUGCUUCUUAGCAUCUCAGUGAAAAGCUGAUUUGGAAUGAUUCCCUCUGAUCUUGGAUGGAGAGGGAAAGGAACUGAGUCUAGGACCCUGUGGUAUAUCUGUUUGUCCACAAAAAUGGGGACAGCAUGCUACCACGUGAAGAAGACAGACCCUUUUUAGAGUGGGUGGCUGUUCAGAGGCAGAAGGCAUCAUUAUAAAAUAUAGAUCUAUUCAUUUAUAUAUAGAUAUAAAUUAGAUGUGGUUUCAUGUGUUACUAUCAAUACUUGAGAUAAACUAGAAAAAUCAUGGCCUUUUUUUACUCCACUAGGGUCAUGAUGUGUCUAUAAUUCCCCACAGAUACCACAGCAUGAAAAGGGAAUCCAUUCUUACAAUGGUGUGGUAUCUGUGGGGAAUGCUCAUGGCAUUUCUUUUUAAGAGAUAGUGGUAUGAAUUGGGUUGCCAUCCCUGCACUGACUGCUGCAUUUUACGUUACACUGUUCACCUUUCUGGACUUUCUCCUGAUCAGGGACUAGAAUUUAUGAGUUUUAUUGAGCAUUCUUAACAUCCACGGAACCCACCAACGUAUAUUAGGGUGGGAUAUAUACAAGUGGUGUGUUAUAAACAGCCAGCAGGAAACACCCCGCAGUUGUCCCUGUUGUCAUUGUGAAUUCAGUAGCUUGAUUAAUUGGUUUACUGUCCUGAUGGAGUUCGUUGCUGCAUAUGGCAGACCAGAUGAGAAUUGUGUCCUGUCUUCUUGUCCUUUUCCUGUCUCUGACUCGUGUGGCAUGCUGUUGGUGCACGAGCUGGUGCGGCACGGCGUCUAGUGCAGUGUGAGUUGUUGUGAGCUGUGUGGCAUUUGUGGUGCCAUGGAAAUUGCUAUGCUUAUUUAGCUUAAGUAACAUACACACCUUACCUGCUGCGGCUCCCUCUGCUGGAGUGGGGGACAAAGGGUGCUUUUUAGUUUGGUUCUAAUGUGAAAUGGGGAGGUUUUCCCCCCUCGAUUCACGCCAGAGAGGCUUUCGCAAGCCAUGAUGACAGGCAGCGUUCAUGUCAGAGGGACAUGGCAGCCCAAAAUACGGUACGCGCAGCAAGAACACCGUGGAAAUGUGGCUUCCAGCAAACCUGUUGUGCUUCUCUUGUGAUGAUUCUUUGCUCUUUAACUCAGCCAGUGCAGAAAAGGCUACAUCCUGAAACAGACUGUUAGGCAAUGCCUGACUAUUUUGGGGUUGACUGUUUUCUUUUUUUUUUUUUUCUUUUUUCCUACAGCAAGAGUUAAUUUUUGUGCAGAAUGAGAAUAAGCUCACUGUGUGGUUAGUUGCUCAAGUAUAUGGAAGAAAAAGUGCUGCGUAACUUGUGGCAGAAACCCUUAGAGAAAGAGGGGGAGCACAGGUAUAGAAAGCUGACUUGGGUCCUGCUGCUUUUUCAUCUUGUGACCAUAGGUAAGUCAGUGUAACCCCUUGCUGCCUCAGUUUUCCCCAUCAGUCAAAUGGGGAGAUAAGACAACUACCUCACAGGGGUAUCGGGAAGAACCUGAAAAGCAUUUUGAAGACAAAGUGUGUUAUUUAAGUGCCAGGCAUGGUUUUACUAACUCUUCCCUAGUAGAUUUUUAAGGUUUCAUCAUCUUGUGGUCAAGGCAGGUGCUAUAUAAGUUAGUCAUUAUUUGUCAUUAGGGAUAUAUGUGAUCUUCCCAUAAUUUUAAAACCAAAAGACGAUCAGGUUCUUAGGAACCAUUUUCUAGGAAGGUCUGUGUUCCAUUCUCAACUUCUAAGGAUUGUAUUCCUUAGGAAAAAUACCACCAAUGUGAAGACGUUACCAAUUUGGGAAUCACUAGCUCCUUAUCCCUCCCUGUUCUUUGUCUUUUCCUUUGGUAUUUACAAAGAAUCUGCCCUGGACUAUUCUAGGGGGUUAUAGUGCCAACAAAAGAACAAGUCCCUAAAAGUGCCUCAACUUCAAAAGGAAAAUCAUGGGGAGCUUUUUACUUUAAUUUUAAAAUAAUUUUUAAAAAACUACUUCUAGAACCUAUUUUAGAUGCUAGAGUUAGAAAAUUCCCCUUUGAAACUUACAAAAAUUAAUGGAUUCAGUUUUGUGAUACUUAAAACAUUUUUCCUACAGAGGAAAGUCUUCAGAAAUUUUAUUGGGGAGGGUAUAUGUGGCACCAUGGGCAUCAGCCCCAACUAACAGUAUCGCCAUUUUAGCUCUUUCCGCCUCUUCCUCCAGGCUAAAAACUAUAGUGAAUGCUCACUUUCCCAGAAAAACAUAUCCUAGGAAAAUAACAAAGGGACUUAGGAAAAACAUGUUUAAUUUUCACUAGUUAUGCCGACUGGUUUCCAUUAGACCUAGCCUAAUUUUUAAAAAAUGGCAGAUAAUUUCAUGGUUGCAUCUAAAGCGUACAGGAGCUCACCAUUUUUCCAUCCGGUUUCAGAACCUUGUUCAUCCAAAUGCUUUUUAUGAGUUGUGUAUGAUUCACCAUACUUGAUCUUAUACAUCAGGACUGUCUUUUGGCUGCGGCUUCAGUGUUAAUUCUGCAAUGAUUACUGUCUAGACAGUAAAAAUAAAUUACAAGAUGGUAUUGUGUUGAAAACUUAAUAGAACAGUCUUUUUAAAAUAGCUCAUCUAUGCCGCUUGGAAAAGAAAAACAAUACUAUUUCUUUAUUCCUAAAGAAAUAUUUCGAAAGGGAAAAAUCACUCCUUACGCAUUCAUCUGUUGCUCAAAGAUAUAAUCUUUGAAAACUCACAUUGGUUGCAAUAAAUGUAGCUAAAGUCAUAACCAUCAGAGUGAGGGAAAAGGUAAGGAAGGGAAAAAUAAGAUUCUUAGAAGCAUCCAGCCUGGUUCAACUAAUAAAAAGACCCUAAAACAAUAUAGCCUGUAUGGAGUCUACCUGGUUGAGAUAGACAGUAUCAUGUUAUGUUGGCAAAAUGACCAUUAUGUGUAAUACGUCAUUUAAACGUUUUAAGAGCUGAAACUUCUUUGGAUUAGCUGAAGUCUGUUAUUGAUUAUUAGAGUCGGUAGGAAAGGAAAUAGGUAGCUUCAUGUGUUUACCAAAUUAAUUUCAGGAGCCAUCCUGUGCAUACAGAGUUGUUACUACAAACUCACCCACCAUUAAAAAGAUAUGCACUUUAUAUUAUUUUUCCAGUAGUAGGGACAGAUUGCUGCUGAAUUAUCUGGACCUUUUUGACCCUUUCUGCCUUUUGGACAAAAGUGCGGUCUGGCUGGCCAGGGUUUGCAGUGUGUAUAACUUAAGACUUUGAACACUUUUCUGCACGGAUUGUGUGCAUCAAAUCAGAACAAUAAAUUCACAAAACUGUAAGCUAGAAGCGUAACCGGGUCUCAUUUAAUGCAAAUGAGCCCAGCUAAAAGGGUCAUCACAUUCAAAUUUGCAUUCUCUAUUUCUAUUGGGCUGGAACUAUUAUUUUAAAUAGUUAUAACUUCAAAUAUUGCAAAUUCAAAUACAUUCAGCCCCAUCAGGGGAUUCAUUGUUUGCACUAAUUGAGACCUUCUUGUGCAGAAAUUGUUGCCAUGAAAAGUCAGGCAAACCCAAGUGAGCUCCUCUAUUCUCCCCUAUCUAGACAGAACUGUGCAGAAUCUACAUGGGCUAGUUGAUUUUGGCCUAUUCCUAUCUUUCUAGAAAAGGCGAAGUGUAUUGUGAAUAUUGAUAUUUCUUUGAGCUACUGUUAAUACUAGUUGUCAAUGGAAAAUCAUACAUUGGGCUGUAUUUUGUAAAUUUUUUCCACAAGUCAGAUUCACCUAAAUGUUUGCCACUUAGGAAAGAAGGCAUCCAAAGACAUUCAGCCAUUCACUGGUGCUACCCCCAACCCCUCCCCCCUUUUUUAAGGCAAAUUCUAUCAUGAUACAGCUGUUGAUACAGGAGUAAUAAUGACCUCUAAAUACAUAAUCUUUGGAAUUUGUCAUUUCAUAGUAGGUCAGGUACAAAGUUCAAUGGAAUCCUUUUAAACAGUAAGGCUUUAAUCAUUUAUUUGGCCUUAAGUCUCUGUGUCUCACAACCAUGUACGUAGUCAGCACUCAGUAAGUGUUUGUUCAAGAAGUGACUGUGGUAGAGUGAUUUCCAGAAGGAUUUCUUCAGUGGUUCCAAGCAAGGAAAGCCUGACCUAUCUAGCUCAUGUUGGAAAAGCUGGCUAACUUUUUUUUUUUCUGGCAAAUUGAUUUGAUUACUGGACAGUAAGACUGGAGGGUUCUGGUCAGAGUUCCAGGGGCACAGAAGGAGAAGGAGGAUUAAGACUCCUUCGCUCUUUAUGCUCGAGUCUUUUUGAACAUGUUUGGAAGGACUCUUUUUUUCAGCUAAUAGAAAAGAUUCAUGUCAAAAAACAGCUUAAGAUGUUUCAGGAGAUCUAGGGGAGAAAAAUAAGUAUACCAGAGACUUGCAGUCUGUCACUUAGGUUGAAGAAUAAUUUGAUCAGCUUAUGGUUGGCUUUUUUUUUUUUAAUCCCUUCUGAAAAGAUGGGAAUUGUCUCUCAGGAAAGAUAUGAAAGUCAGUCCCAUUACUUUUGCACUUGCUUUUGAUUUUCAUAGCUUUGGAACAACAUGCAACUAUGGCUAGUGUUAUCAUCUUGUUAUAUCUGGGGAAAAUAUUUAACUUUUUAAAAGGGCAUUAUUUGAGGUAGGACUGGCUGCCUGAUUCUCAAGUGUUCUAGUCCCAGAGGCACCCCCUGGGCUAGGACCCAUUAUCUAGUUGUCAUGACAGUAAAGCAAACAGAUGAUGUUGGGAAAAGUAGGUUAUUUACCUCUUAGACCUAUCUCAAGAACCCUUCUCAUUGGUAUCUUAUCCCCCAGGGGUUCUGUGGAUAUUUAUCUACACCCUGACUUAUUACUCUUUUUCUAGAAAAAGCUAAACUGGGGUGAACAUAGGCAUUUCUAUUUGCACUAUUCAGAUACCAGCUAAAGUGGGAAAAACCAUGAGUUGGAAUCUAUUUUGUAAAUUGCUUCUAACUGUCAGGUUCACCCAGACAGUUACUCUUUAGGGACAAAUUGCUGCUAAGAACCUUAAUGUGAAUCUGCAAUGUUGUGAUGUAGUUACAAGUACUGUACAUGAAGUCUGGAAACUGCAAUAAAUAUGAUUUUAAUCACA